AAAGCAGAAGUCGAACACUUUUACACCCUACCCGAAACACUUAAAAUGGUCAUAAAAGUAUCGAUAUCGUUCAAAUACAAUGAUAGUCCAACAACCUACUUGCUUGACAUUCUGAUUUUAUUAUAAGCGAAUCCGAAUCAGUAAAAAAGCAAUAUCCGAAACCUUUCCGAAUAUGCCUUGAACAUAUGUCCGGUCCAUAAUAACAUUAUCUGGUCUGAAUAUAAUAAUAAGACUCGCCGCACCGCUAGACGACAUGAAGAAAUCCAGCAUUAUCGAGCUGCCUAUUGGCUAAAUGGACGCUCUUCGGUUUAUAAAAUGAAACAAACAGUUUUAGAUUGAGUAGGGAACAUGCAAAGGGCUUGCUAGGCCAGAGAAAAGACCCUGAGAUAAGCUCGAGAUACUCAAGAUCAACAUGUGCAGUAUAUGUGCACACAUAUAUGUAUAGAAAUAUACAUAUAUUUUUAUUUAGAUAAUCAAAAUAUAUAUAUAUUUUAAUGCAUAUAUGUAUGCAUGGCUACACAGAUCCCAACUACCUUAGAUAUUAAUACGCGAAUUGUUUGAUUAUAUUUAGAUUUAGAUUUAGAUAAUUUUUGAGAUUUUCCCUAAGUAUAUUUAAUUUUUUUUACCAACUGUUUUAAGGCAUGUUAUUUGUACUUCUGGGUAUUUUUACCCCAUAUGCAGCUCCAAAUACUCCCGGCUAGAGCUUGGGCUACUUUUCAGUUAUAUAAAAGUAGGCUUCGUUAUUUUUUAUUUAAAUUAACUAGAGUUUUAGUAUCAAUAGCUUCAGAGUGUGUUAUGUUACGCGUUCUGUUUACACAACAAAAAAAAAAUAUAUUUAAUUUAAAAAAAAACUCUUAAAGCCACGAAAGCUAAAAAAAAAAUAGAAAAGCAUAAAAAUGGGCGAGAAAAUGGUCGACUUUAGCGUACUGGACUAUGAUAACCAUACGGAUUAUCUAAACUCGUUUGCGAUCAAGAAAGAUUUUCAAUAUUUGGGCAAUCCAAAGGUGGUCACUUGCCUUGCCAAAUUGGGAUAUCGCUCCACGAAAAUACCUUACGAUGAACCGGAAUUCCUGAGGCGUCACGAUUUGGCAAUGCAAGCGAUACGACCAAAAAUAACGGGCAUUCAGCCCUUCAGUACAUUUAAGUCGCCAACGAAUAGGGAUCCAGUGCUGCUUGAGUUCAAGCGACGCGAGGAACCCAUAUACAAAAAGAACUUGGCGACAAUUGUUUUUACCAUGUAUACAAGCACAUAUUGUUCGGAAAUAUCGGGCUAUCUUGACUUGGGUAUGAGCUGGACGAAUGCGGCGCGCUCUGCCCACGCACAUACGAACUGGCCGGGCAUAUUUCAGGGAACCGCCUUCCUGCGACCGAUGCCGCAUCAUCUGAGCUACAGUAAUCCACGCUAUAAUAUGCUCAACUAUUCGAAUAGCGAUAACUUUAUUGUCUUACACGACCAUCGGUAUGGAAUGAUGUUUAUGCAUAGGGGUGAUCAGAAACUUAUACCAGUCGGUGAUCAUCCCAAUCCGUUCGCCAAAAACGUACGACGAUCAAUGGCAAUCUCACCCAAGUACGGCACAAUGAUAUUCUACGAUCAUAUUGUGCGCAAGAAGGUAUAGAAUUAUUUCUAUAUAUAUAUAUAUGCUCAACUAUAAAUUCAAUUGUAUAUAAAAUCCUAUGAUAUUAGUAAAAGGUACUCGAUGCGCUGGCGAAAGCCCAAGAAAA